AUGCUCGCUCGCGUCACUAUUCUUCUUACAUUCCUCGCCGUGGCUCUCGCGGCUCCUCUCACGCCGGAUCCUGAGAUGGUCGCGUCCCAGCGCAUCGCCGUGCUGCAAAAGCAGUAUCAACAAAACACUCUUCACCUCAUCGCGGCCGCCACGACAGGCUGCACGGCCGAAAACAUCCGCCGCCGCAAGGAAUGGAACGCCCUCACGAACCCGGAAAAGAAAUCCUUCAUCGCAUCAAUCCACUGCCUCAACGCGCUGCCGUCGGAGAUCCAGCGCACCAACGCGACGCACGCGCCCGGCGCGCGCACGCGCUACGACGACUUCAUCGUGACGCACAUCGACCAGACGCCCUUCGUGCACGGCUCCGGCCUCUUCCUGCCCUUCCACCGGCACCUGGUGCACCUCUUCGAGACCGACCUGCGCGCGCGCUGCGGCUACGCCGGCCCCCUGCCCUACUGGGACUGGACGCGCUCGUGGCGGGACCCGCGCCGGGCGCAGCUCUUCGACGGCAGCGACACGUCGCUCGGCGGGAAUGGGCGGUUCGUGCCCGGGAGGAACGCCACGCCGAUCGGCCUGCCCGGCGGGCUGGUCAAGCUCAUCCCGCCGGCGACCGGGGGCGGGUGCGUGACGGAGGGACCGUUCGCGGAGGGGAAAUACGAAGUCAGGCUGGGCCCCGUCGGCUACGAGCCCAAGGGUCCGGACGGCGGGCUCGGCUACAACCCGCGCUGCCUGACGAGGGAUCUCAGUCCGGAAUUCAGCAAGGGCACGCGCCCCAGCGCCGUCACCGCGCUGGUGGACGGGUGCAAGGAUGAUCUCGGCUGCGUCAACGAAGAGAUGGAUAUGGCCGGCGGCGUGCCCGGCGGGAUCCACGCGAGCGGCCACUGGCAGGUCGGGCUCCACGCGCUCGACGUCUAUGCCAGUCCCAGCGACCCGGUCUUCUGGCUGCAUCACACGCAAGUCGACCGCGUGUGGACCAUCUGGCAGGGCCAGAACAUCGAGGGAAGGACGCGACAGGUUUGGGGCACGUCGACGGCUGCGAAUAUUCCUCCGACGCCCAACGUCACGCUCGACACUAUGAUGGAUUUAGGAGUUCUCGGCCCCGCCAAGUCAAUUCGGCAGCUUGUGUCGCCCGUGGAGGGGGAAUACUGUUACAUGUACGAGUGA